CUGCAAAAACAAAAAAAAAACGGGAAAAAAGGAAAAAAAACUCUUUCCCUCCGUUUCUAGAGAGAGAAAGUGGAAGCAUAGAGAGAGAAAAUGCUGAGGCUGAGAAGCUAGGGCUAGAUUUAGGGGUUGUGGUGUGUCGUGUGUGGCGUGCCGUGUGCGAUCUUUUUUUCGCCAUUGAAGAGAGUGGAAGCUUGUUGGAAUUUCCGGAACGGUUUUGCCCUUUUUUGUUUUCUUUUUUUCUUGGGUGUUUUGGUUUGGGAAGCGGAGAGGAGGAGAUUUGAAGCUGACAAGAUUUUAACCAGAGAAACAGAAUAGGCUAAGCAUUUUCUUUAUCAUCCUCAAUCAAUUGAGAGUUCCUGCAUUGGUGCUUGUCCAUGGGGAAUGAAGAAGAGGGGAAGUCCCCUAAGCCUGAAAAACCAACUUCACCUCCACCACCGGAUCAAGCCAAUAUUCAUGUGUAUCCUGAUUGGGCAGCCAUGCAGGCAUAUUAUGGCCCCAGGGUCACUCUACCUCCAUAUUACAAUUCAGCUAUGGCAUCUGGUCAUGCUCCUCAUCCUUACAUUUGGGGCCCUCCACAGCCAAUGAUGCCGCCUUAUGGGCCACCAUAUGCGGCAAUCUACUCGCCUGGAGGUGUUUAUCCACAUCCUGCAGUUCCUCUUGGGUCACAUGCACAUGGGCAUGGGGUUCAAUCAUCACCUGUUGUAAGCGAAGCAUUGGCUGCACCUCCUUUGAGCAUAGAAACACCUGCAAAGUCAUCAGGAAAUACAGACCGUGGUUUAAUGAAGAAGUUGAAAGGGUUUGAUGGGCUUGCAAUGUCCAUAGGGAAUGGCAAUGGUGAGAGCACCGAGGGUGGGUCUGAUCAUGGAUUAUCUCAGAGUGGAGAAACUGAAGGUUCCAGUGAUGGAAGUGAUGGGAAUACAGCAGGGGCAGAUCAAACUAGAAGGAAAAGAAGCCGGGAGGGAACACCACCUAUAGGUGGAGAUGGGAAAACUGAGACACAGGCCACUUCAGCUCCUUCUGCAGAGGUAAAUGCAGGUUCUGAUAAGGUGUUGGGUGUUGCUGUCCCUCCCACUAGUGUCACAGGAAAAUUGGCAGGAGCUGUACUUUCUCCUAGAAUGAGCACAGCAUUGGAGCUCAGAAAUCCUCCUAGUGUGAAUGCAAAAACUAGUCCGGGUAGCAUCCCUCAACCUGGUGCUAUGGUGCCUUCUGACACAUGGAUACUGAAUGAAAGGGAGAUAAAACGUGAGAGGAGAAAACAGUCUAAUCGAGAAUCUGCAAGAAGGUCAAGGUUGAGGAAGCAGGCUGAGACCGAAGAACUUGCACUGAAAGUUGAAAGCUUGAAUACUGAGAAUUCGGUACUUAAAUCUGAAAUUAAUCGCUUAAGAGAGAAUUCAGAGAAACUGAAGCUUGAAAAUGCCACAUUAAUGGAGAAACUAAAAAGCGCACAGUUAGAACAAGCAGAAGAUACACAUUUGAAUAAGGUCGACGACAAGAGAGUCCUGCCUGUCAGCACAGAGAACCUACUUUCCAGAGUCAAUAAUUCAGGUUCUGUCGACAGGAGCACUGAGGAAGAAGGCGACAUGUACGAGAAAAACACAAACACUGGCGCAAAGCUGCACCAACUUCUGGAUACGAGUCCCAGGGCAGAUGCAGUGGCUGCUGGAUGAUCAAGUCACCUGUAAAAAUCUGCUGCCACUUUUAUCAUUCAUCAACUUUUUUAAAAGUGAAUCCUGUGGUUUUGGUCAUAAUUACAAACCCAAAAUUACUGCUAACAAAAUAGGUGAAUAGAAUGAGUAUCUGAAGAAAAACUGGAUUCUAAUUUUUACCUGUAACUUAGUUUCUCUGAAGAUAAAACCAAUAUGUAUUAUAUUUUAGAUUUCAGAGUGGUGGGAUUGACGCCCUGAAAGGUAGUGUACAUUGAAGAGAAUGAGAGAUUUUGUUUGGGGGAGAAUCUUCGAACCUUUAUUAUACCAUAUAAUAUAAUAUCUGGUGGUUGUGCAAUUUGUACUCACUGCUUUUGA